UCACAUUAAAGAGUAAUUCACAAAGCAUAAAUCAUUAUAAAACAUGGCAGUUAACAGUAUCAUAACUAACUGUUAUGAUUCAGAAGUCAGGAAAACUAGUAUGAAUGGCGGAUCUGGCGGAUUUCCAUGGGACUUAGUUUACCCAUUGAUUUUAAUCUUAUGAAAGGAUGUUCUUUUUUAAUGCAAGGCUCUUCGUACUAUGAAAUUAACUUCAGUGAAAUGUCUUUAACUGUGACCUCAUUGGUCAAGAAGGCAGGAAGAUGGUUUGAUUCUGCAAUCAAGCUGAGUGCCAUCAUAGAUCUCCAGGAGCAUAAUCUGACAGAAUUAUUCUAUUCACAAUCCGGAUCUAAGGAUUUUCCCUAUAAGCCAGCUGGCCAUAUUCAGACAUAAAAAGGGGCAGAAGAGCUUUUGCAGGGCUUCUCAGACAGAUAUUCUUUAUUUCUGUGGCUAAAGCCAACAGUUCCUAUUCCAUUUUCCUCAACUGUCAGUCUUCUCUACUUGUAUGAAGUUCAGUUCAAAAUGGAGGCAACUAAAAUGGGCAUUAUUGCACCAGGAAGUGCUAUUCCAACCAGUGCAGUGAAUGAUGCCAUCAUGCCAAGGAUGGGCUACACUAUUCUGGCAGUUAUUAUUGGUUUCUUCUCUGUUUUUGGCAUCAUUUUGAACUUGACUGUAAUCGUGGUGACGUUGAAGCACAGACAGCUGCGGCAGCCACUGAACUUCGCCCUGGUCAACCUAGCUGUGGCUGAUCUUGGUUGUGCAACAUUUGGUGGGCUGCCAACCAUGGUGACCAAUGCUAUGGGGUACUUCAGCCUGGGCAGGGUAGGAUGUGUGCUAGAAGGUUUUGCCGUGGCCUUCUUUGGUAUUGCUGGUCUAUGCUCAGUUGCAAUAAUUGCAGUUGAACGAUGCGUGGUGGUCUGCAGACCAGUGGGUUCAUUCACCUUCCAGACGAGACAUGCAGUAGCAGGAGUAGUUAUCGCAUGGGUCUGGUCAUUCCUAUGGAACACUCCACCACUUUUUGGAUGGGGUAGAUUUGAGCUGGAAGGUGUGCAGACAUCUUGUGCACCAGACUGGUACAGCAGAAAUUUGGCCAACGUCUCCUACAUCAUGUGUUACUUUCUUCUGUGCUUUGCACUGCCUUUCUCUGUCAUUGUCUUCUCCUACACUCGCCUCCUGUGGACCUUACGGCAGGUGACCAAACUGAAAAUGUCAGAGGGAGGAAGCACUGCCAGAGCAGAGAUCCAGGUGGCCUGUAUGGUGGUCAUCAUGGUGAUGGCCUUCCUGCUCACCUGGCUGCCUUAUGCUGCAUUUGCACUGUCUGUGAUCUUAGACCAGAACCUUUACAUUGACCCAGUGAUUGCCACCAUUCCAAUGUAUCUAGCUAAGAGCAGCACAGUUUUCAACCCUAUAAUCUACAUAUUCAUGAACAGACAGUUCAGAGAGCAUGCUGUGCCAUUCCUACUCUGUGGCAGAAACCCGUGGGCCGCUGAGCCGGUAGAAUCAGAAGAAGAGACCACAGCAUCAUCUGUCAGCAGGAGCAACAAGGUCUCUCCGUCAUGACCACUUAGAUCAUUGACUACACAACUCUCAGUUGCAUGCAUGAAGGA